CGAGUGAUGAAAAUGGAAACUAAUGGCCUGCAUUAGGCCAUCAGCACAGACCAACUCUCCUCACUUUCCUCCUGAACCAAUAUUCAUUGUUUUGGUAAUUCCGAUCUUCCACUUUUUCCCCAGGAUCCAGCUGCCAAAUCCCAGAUUUUUCGCCGAAUCUUUCCCUCUUUGCCAAGAAUCUGUGGAUAUACCAAAAAUCUCAAUCUGAAAAAAGAGCCCAGAUGGCUAAGUGUUUCAGCUUCACAGCAUCAAGAGACUGGUGUUACAAAUGCUCCUUUUCGACCGCCGGCCUGAAGUCCACCACCACAGACCUCGGUGACGGCACCGUAAUCCACUGCUGGGGCCCAAAAACCCACAAGCCCAGCAAGCCCACUUUGCUCCUCAUCCAUGGAAUCGGAGCCAACGCAAUGUGGCAGUGGAACGACUUUGUUUCUCCCCUUUCGUCCAAGUUCAAUGUCUAUGUACCGGACUUGCUGUUUUUUGGCGAAUCAUACACCACCAGGCCUGAAAGGAGUGAAAAUUUCCAGGCCGAGUGCGUGAUGAGGGCGAUGGAGGCGAUGGGCGUGCGGCGGAUGCGCGUGGUGGGGCUCAGCUACGGAGGUUUCGUGGCCUAUAGCAUGGCGGCCCAGUUCCCCGACGCGGUGGAGAGGGUGGUGAUUGGAUGUGCCGGAGUUUGCAUGGAGGAGAAAGAUAUGGAGGAAGGGUUGUUUAAAGUGAAGACUGUUGAUGAGGCUAUUGAGAUUUUGCUGGCGCAAACGCCGGAGAAGUUGAGGGAGUUGAUGAGGCUUUCGUUCUAUAAACCGGUUACGAGUGUGCCUUCUUGCUUUUUGUCUGAUUUUAUUGAUGUAAUGUGUUCAGAGAACUUUCAAGAAAGAAAAGAGUUAAUUUACGCAUUGCACAAGGACAGAAAGCUCUCGGAUCUGCCUAAAAUUACUCAGCCCACAUUAAUAAUUUGGGGAGAACAUGACCAGGUUUUUCCAUUGGAAUUGGCUAAUAGGUUGUUAAGACAUUUGGAAAACAAUGCACAGCUUGUAGUGUUAAAGAAAGCAGGGCAUGCAAUUAACAUGGAGAAGACUAAGGAAGUAUAUAGUUACUUGAAGUCAUUCCUUAUGGUGCCCGUUCCUAAGCUUGGGACUAAUGGGAGCGGCUGCAAGGUUGAUUAAAGGUCGGCACAAUAUUUCAUACUAUUGACACACUUUCAGCUUAAAGCCUGCUUGCAUUUGCUGUAUAUCUGAGAUGCUCUAUCAAUUUUCAGUUCGGAAAACUCAAUACAUUUAUUAGAAACAUAAACAAAGUAUAGAGGCAGAAUAUAUAGUGGAAUGUAUCUUCUCGUUGAGGAUCACUUCAAAUGAAAUAUUUUGGUUCUUCCCUUGAAAUCCAUGUGUUGUGUUCAAGGGUCUAAUGUAUAUGUAUUCCUGUGAUAAACUCCAUCGUUAUCCAUUUGUGCAAAAUGUUAUGGGCCAAAAAAAGAAGGUUGAAGAGUUUA